AUGAGUGUGGUACGGCGAAAAUUCGCCAACCACGUGCGAUGCCGCUAUGGGUACAAGGAGUCUUGUGCCAUCACUGCGUCAACCGGUAUGGCAGCCCAAAACGUCCAAGGAGUGACGAUUCAUUCACUCCUUCGAUUUUUCAGUAUGGAGGAGGAAGAUACCGGAGAACAAGUCCCUGUCCUGUUCGUUGCACUUCGUUAUUGCAAAAGUUGCUCCACAUUCAUCCCAACCAACCUGCAGGAUGCUGCAGGAUCCGUCUGUGAGCACUGCGCUCCAAAUGGUCGUUGCAAGGUGAUAAACUGUGUUUCGGACGAGACCAGAUUCACCAAUGUUGCCGAUAAGGCCACCGAGUGGAUCUUCUCAAAGGAGAACAGUGGCUUUGUUGGCAUUGCACACAACGCGUCUGGAUACGACGCGCAGUUUAUCCUGAAAAGCCUCAUCUCCAGGAACAAAGCAAGUCCAGCAGUGAUCAUGGCAGGAACAAAGAUCGUUAGCUUGAAGUACAAAGGAGUCAAGCUGAUCGAUUCUUUGAAGUACUUGACCAUGAGCCUGGCAGCCGUUGGAAAGGCUUUCAGAAUUCCAACGGAGAAGGGAGACUUUCCGGUGAAAUUCAUCAAAAGAGAGAACUUCGACUACGUCGGCGACAUCCCAGAAGACAAGUUUUCCAAUUUGGAACACAAAUCCACCGCCGCCAGACAGAAGCUCACCGAUUUUCUAAAGGAAGAGAGAGCGCAAAAUCUUAUAUUGCGAAAAAUGGGAAAGUUACUCUCACCUUUGGAUUGUACACCGCUCCUUUGA